GCUUCUUUCGCCCUCCUGCCUUCCGCUUGUAGUUGUAGUAGUGGGGGGAGAGUGGGAGAACCGGAGAAGAGAUGAACAGUAGUGAGGCUAGCACGCAAGACCGUGUUGCGCCCGCGCUCGAGGCUACGGAGAAGAUACUGGCCGCCGUGGCGCGGCUGCCGGGACGUCGGAUGCUGGAGCUAAGGCGGCUGGGACGCGCUGCGCCCUCCGCGGGUGCGGAGACCGAGGCGGCGAAGCGGGGCCGCUCUGUGUCGGACGACACCUCCGCGGGCUCGUCCCGCGAGUCGUCUGCGAAGGUGGCGCCCGAGCCCGAGCCGCAGGGUGGUGGGGCUCCUGCGGUGGCACCGGGGUGGCCCAGGCCCGUGUCGCACGGCGCGAUGUCGGUGAUCGGGCGGCGCCGGGAGAUGGAGGACGCGGUCGCCGUCGCCGCGCCGUUCCCGGCGGGGGUGGAGUUCUUCGCGGUGUACGACGGGCACGGCGGGUCGCGGGUGGCGGACGCGUGCCGGGAGCGGCUGCACGUGGUGCUCGCGGAGGAGGUGGCGGCGCGUCUGCACCUUGUUAGGAACGGCGGCGAGGACGAGGAGGGGGACGGGGCGCGCUGGAGGGAGGCCAUGGAGGCCUGCUUCGCGCGCGUGGACGGCGAGGUGGCCGUCGUGGAGAGCGAGUCGAACAACGUCGGCCACGCGGUGACGGUGGGCUCCACCGCCGUCGUGGUGGUCGUGGGGCCCCGCCACAUCGUGGUCGCCAACUGCGGCGACUCCCGCGCCGUGCUGUCCCGCGGCGGUGUCCCCGUGCCGCUUUCCUCCGACCACAAGCCAGAUCGGCCUGAUGAGUUGGAAAGGGUAGAAUCAGCCGGUGGCAGGGUCAUUAACUGGAUGGGGUACCGUGUCCUUGGUGUGCUUGCGACGUCAAGGUCAAUUGGUGACUAUUACAUGAAGCCAUUCAUAUCAGCGGAACCAGAGGUGACUGUCACAGAGCGCACGCACAGGGACGAGUUCAUCAUCCUGGCGAGCGACGGGCUGUGGGACGUCAUGUCCAACGAGGUGGCCUGCAGGGUCGCGAAGAGCUGUCUGUGCGGGCGCGCGGCUUCCAAGUGCCCUGACACCAUCCACGGGAGCUCGGCCAGCGAUGCCGCCGCGGUGCUGGUGGAGUUCGCCAUGUCGCGGGGCAGCACUGACAACAUCAGCGUCGUGGUGGUGGAGCUGAAACGUCUCAAGAGGUGGAAGGGUGGUAGUAGACAGAACGGUCGGACGUAGCCUGGCCCUGUAGGAGUCUCCGGCUCGUCGCGAAAUAUAUGCAUGGCGACGGAGCUCUAGGGAAGCAGCCGAGCAUAUGACGGAAUGGUGUAAAGAAGAAGAAGAAGAAGAGAGGGUUCUGACUCUUGAGAGCUAUACCUAUGCUGUGACCAGGUGAGUGUAGCCGUGUAGGAGCUGCUCGUAGCUUUGCCGUUGUAUUGCGUUGGUUACUUGGUUCUUUCUUUAGUUCAAUCAAUACUAACAAAACGGCAUUCCGGCCGAUGGAAGCAGCAGGAAGCAUGGGCUGCUUUUUACUAGUUCUGGUCGUUUUGUUCAAGCCAGAUAAGUUCU